AUGCAAAGUGACGACAUCCGAUCUCAACUUCCUGAUGACUCCAAGCGUUUCGAACUCUUGGACAACAGCUGGAAGGAUUUGAUGAUGGAGGCAUCUCGCUCCUCGCUGAUUGUCGAAAUCUGCAUGGCCGAGGGUCGUGCGCAGACCCUGUCAUGCAUGGCGCCCAUGUCUCCAUGGCUCCACAGACUAAGGAAUGAUUACUUGGAGCAGAAGAAGAAGCAUUUCCCAAGAUUCUAUUUUGUGGCCAAUGGGGCCUUGCUGGACAUCCUCUCAAAUGGCAACAAGCCUUUAAAGGUCGCCGAGUACUUGGGAGACGUUUUCGAUGGCAUCCGCACUUUGGACUUUUCCAAAGACCCGCAAUUUGGACGCAUCGCCUGCGGGCAUCGGGCGAAAGAUGGUGAGUUCGUCGCCUGGCCAUCGGAGACUCCUGGCAUCUUCAGCCUCGAGGGCCCCGUGGAACAAUAUCUCUCGGGCCUGGAGUCUCACAUUCGCUUGGCGCUCCGAGAGAUCCUCGAGCAGGCACGCACGUCUGCCGAGAUCUGGGAAGUGGGAGACAGGCCUCGUGAAACAUGGUUAGACGAAUUCUGUGCCCAGCUGAGCCUCCUGGCCACGCAGAUCAUUUGGACAGAGGAAACUGCCAGAGCCUUCGAGGAUAUGGAGGCAGGGAGCGAGACAGCCAUGCGGGACUACAAGCGCGUGAACGACGACAGGAUUGACAAGUUGAUCCGUCGUGUUCAGAAGGAGAAAGAUAAAGAGCUGCGCACCAAAGUCAUCACCAUCAUCACCAUCGAUGUCCACUCCAGGGAUGUCAUCGAGUCCUUCGUGCUGCAGAAAGUCAGUGAAGCGAAUGAUUUCAGGUGGGGAUCCCAGCUGCGGUUCUACUGGCAAAUAUGCCCUCCAGGCUCGAACCUCGUGUCCUUCACCCCAGCACACCAGAAGACCUGCCUGAUUCGCAUCUGUGAUUGGGCCACCUGCUACUCUUACGAGUAUGUGGGCAAUGUUGGCCGGCUUGUUAUCACGCCGCUGACGGACCGCUGUUACAUCACCCUUACGCAGGCCCUGAACCUCUGCCUUGGAGGAGCUCCGGCCGGCCCGGCGGGCACGGGGAAGACGGAGACCACCAAGGACCUCUCGCGGGCCUUGGGCCUGCCCAUCGUGGUGUUCAACUGUAGUGACCAGAUGACUUACCAGACCACCGCGCAGAUUUUCAUGGGCCUUGCUCAGGUUGGCGCCUGGGGCUGCUUCGACGAGUUCAAUCGCAUCUCCAUCGAGGUCUUGUCUGUGGUCUCCACGCAGUACAAGUCAGUCUUGGAUGCCAUCCGCGCCAACAGCAAGACCUUCCUCUUUGUGGAUGAGGAGCUUCGUUUGAUCAAGACAUGCGGCGCUUUUAUCACGAUGAAUCCAGGCUAUGCGGGGCGUACGGAGCUGCCCGAAAACCUGAAGGCGCUUUUCCGCAGCGUGGCCAUGAUCGUCCCAAAUCUGAAGUUCAUCUGUGAGAACAUGCUCAUGUCCGAGGGUUUCACCAUCGCCCGGCUGCUGGCCCACAAGUUUGUCACUUUGUACUCGCUCUCCAAGGAGCUGUUGUCGAAGCAGAUGCACUACGACUGGGGUCUGAGGGCAGUGAAGUCUUUGCUUCGCCAGGCUGGCUCCUUGAAGGGCAAGGAGCCUGACAACGAUGAGAACGUGGUCCUUUGCAGAGCUCUCCGCGACUUCAACCUGCCAAAGAUCACCACGCAGGACAUGCCCAUCUUCUUGCGCUUGAUCCAGGACCUUUUCCCAGGCACCUUUUAA